AUGGUUCUCGCACGAUUUGCUUGGCUUGCUGGCUUUGUUAGCACUGCCAUUGCUGCCACUCCAGCUGAAUGGCGCUCACAGUCGAUCUACUUCAUGCUCACUGAUCGCUUUGCCCGAACGGAUGGCUCGACUACUGCUGCUUGUGAUACCGCUGAUAGACAAUACUGCGGCGGAACUUGGCAAGGAAUCAUAGAUAAGCUGGAUUACAUCCAAGGAAUGGGCUUUACAGCCAUUUGGAUUACUCCUGUGACCGGUCAAUUAACCGAGGACACCCCGUACGGAGAGGCUUAUCACGGAUACUGGCAGCAGGACGCUUAUGCUCUCAACUCGAACUACGGAACUGCAGACGAUCUCAAGGCCCUCGCUGCAGCUUUGCAUGAACGCGACAUGUAUCUCAUGGUCGAUGUAGUAGCAAACCACAUGGGUUAUGAUGGCGCAGGUACUGACGUAGAUUAUACCAAAUUCAACCCCUUCAACGAUGCGAAGUAUUUCCACUCGUACUGCCCAAUCACCGAUUACAGCAACGACACUAUGGCGCAAAACUGCUGGCUUGGCGAUAACGAGGUUUCCCUGCCGGAUCUGGAUACAGAGAGCACGGAAGUGCAAGAUAUGUGGUAUGAUUGGGUUGGAUCUUUGGUCUCCAACUACUCAAUCGAUGGUCUCCGCGUUGACACAGUCAAACACGUCCAGAAAGAUUUCUGGCCCGGCUACAAUGAAGCCGCGGGCGUCUACUGCGUAGGCGAAGUCCUUGAUGGCGAUGCUGAUUAUACCUGUCCAUACCAGGAGGUAAUGGACGGGGUGCUCAACUACCCAAUUUACUAUCCUCUCCUCAGCGCCUUCCAAUCUACCUCAGGAAGCAUGACCGACCUAUACAACAUGAUCAACACGGUGAAGUCGACGUGCAAGGACUCAACCCUUCUCGGAAACUUCGUGGAGAACCACGAUAAUCCUCGUUUUGCCUCCGUCACCGAUGACAUUGCCCUCGCCAAGAAUGCAGCCACAUUCACCAUCAUGGCAGAUGGCAUUCCUAUUGUCUACGCAGGACAGGAGCAGCACUAUAGUGGUGGCGCGGACCCAGCUAACCGCGAGGCUCUGUGGUUGUCCGGAUAUGAUACAGACAGCGAGCUGUACAAGCUUAUUGCGACGGCCAAUGGUGCCAGAAAUCAGGCCAUUGCCAAGGGUACCAAUUAUACUAUUUAUCAGAACUACCCUAUCUACAAAGACGACAGCACCAUCGCCAUGCGGAAGGGCUAUGACGGUGGGCAGACAAUUACUGUCCUAUCUAAUCUCGGUGCAGGUGGUACCGAGUACUCGGUUUCAAUUCCCGACACCGGAUUCGCGUCGGGUGCGAAUUUGACCGAGGUUGUGUCCUGCACUAGUAUUACCGCCGGCGAGAGUGGGGAGGUGUCUGUUCCCAUGUCGGGUGGAGCGCCGAGGAUUUUGCUCCCCACCUCGUUGCUUGAUGGCUCGACUCUGUGCUCGUAG